AUGGGCACAAUCCAACAACCAUGGGAGCAAAUCGUCUCCCAGAAACGUGCUAUCAGGGACAAACUCCUAGCUCCAUACCUUGUCGACAUUGAGCAUCGAGUCCCUCGCAUAGACAAUGUGGAUCACCGUUCACGACUGGAGAAUGAGCCCGAAGUCCAAAUAAUCACCGACCUUGAUCUUGCCAGCUUGUUGAAAAGACUAGAGACGGGUGAAUUCACUACUCGUCAAGUUAUUCAAGCGUAUAUCAAACGCGCCGUGGUAGCACAUCAGUUGACAAACUGCCUAACGGAAGUCCUAUUCGACGAAGCCCUACAACAAGCUCAAAAUCUCGAUGCCGAGUUUAGCAACACUGAAAAGCUGAAAGGACCUUUACAUGGCAUCCCCAUCACACUCAAAGAUCAAUUCAACGUCCAGGGCGUGGAUUCAACUUUGGGAUAUGUCGGACGAUCCUUUCAACCUGCCAGUGAAGAUGCAGUUCUGGUGCAGAUAUUGAAGGAUAUGGGUGCUAUUGUUAUUGCGAAGACGAAUCUUUGUCAGAGUAUUAUGUGGGCAGAAACCGAGAAUCCUCUCUGGGGAUUAACCACAAAUGCCAGAAAUCCUGCCUUCACGCCAGGCGGCUCGACAGGAGGUGAAGGUCCAUUACUAGCACUCCAUGGAUCCAUACUCGGCUUUGGCACAGAUAUUGGAGGGAGUAUACGGAUUCCACAGAGUUUCGCGGGUCUAUAUGGUUUAAAGCCAAGUAGCAGCCGCUUCCCCUACUCAGGCGUCCCCGUCUCAACAUCCGGCCAAGAACACGUCCCCUCCUCCAUCGGCCCCAUGACCCGCGACCUCUCCUCAACAAUCUACAUAACGCAAACCAUAACAUCCAGCCAACCCUGGACCCUCGAUCCACGCUGCGUCCCUCUCCCCUGGAACGAACCCAUCUUCCAAAAGACACAAUCCAAACCCCUCGUAAUCGGCCUAAUCCUCAACGACGGAAUAGUCACCCCACACCCACCCAUAACCCGGACCCUCACCGAGCUCUCUACAGCACUAGCAGCCCAAGGUCACGAACUCAUCCCCUGGGAUACAUCCGAUCACGCGGGCUGCAUCGAAAUAAUGGACGCCUUUUACACCGUGGACGGCGGCGAGGAUAUCCGUCGUGAUAUGGCUGUUGGCGGGGAACCGUAUCUGCCGCAUGUGGAGGCGUUGGUGAAUCGGGGAAAACCGAUUAGUGUGUAUGAGUAUUGGCAGCUGAAUAAGCGGAAACAGUCUGUGCAAAAGCGGUAUUUGGAUAAAUGGAAUAAAACCAAAUCUUCGUCGGGAAGAGAGGUGGAUGUACUCUUGGCGCCGGCGAUGCCGCAUACUGGGAUCCCGCACCGCACGUUCAAGUGGGUGGGGAGGGAGGUUGAUGCGGUUGAGCUGGGAGAUGGAGGGGAGAAGUAUGUGCCGAGGAAUGAGUUGGAUGAGUGGAAUUGGAAGCUGUGGGAUGUUGAUGCUGUGGAUGGGUAUCCAGUGAAUGUGCAGAUUAUUGGGAGGAAACUUGAGGAGGAGAAGGUUUUGGGAGCGGCGAGUGUGAUUGAACGGGUUUGGAAGGAGUAUGAAGAGGGAAAGUAUGGUGGGAAGGAAGAGUGA